GGUGAUUGUCCUUAAUUUUGUCAUUGUAGAAGAAAAAACAAAAUAAACUCAAAAUAUGAACACGAAGAACAACGUCCUUGUGGACGUGUCACCAUUCUUGUUAUUAGAAGAAUCUGCAGAUUCCGAGACUCAUCAUGAAGAUCAAGGUGGCUACGAGGGAGAUGAUGAUGAUACAGAGUAUGGGAAUGAUGCCGAGUCAACGAGUCAGGUGACGGGUAGGUCGGCUGGUUUUGACUCGGUGGAGAUGGAUAAUGAAGAAGAAGAGGAAGAAGAGCUAGUCAAGGGAGAGAAAGAGGAACACGAUGAGGAAGAGGUGAAUAGUCACGGGAGGUGGCCGGAGAAGAGAGAAGAUGAAAUCCGGAGCGUAGAUUCGUCCUCCACAAGGAAUAAUGAUGAGAGAUUGAUGAGGAGGAGGAAGAUUGAAAAAGAUCGAAUGUUUUGGGAAGCUUGUUUGGCUUCUUAAUUAAUAUGCAUCAAACUGUUUUUUUUUCUGCUAAAAAUAUGCAAAUUGUUAAUUUUGUGUUGUUGUAUUCGAAUAUAUUUUGCUUAAAUACCUGUGAUAGAUAUGUGAUUUGUCAGCUAGUUAAUUACGUAUUGUAAAUUUAUAUUUAAAUAAAACU